UCUCAUCCUCUGAUGGGUUGACUUUGUGUCCCACGGAACAUCCCCCAAACCAGCUGUGAUCUUCUCCCUUUGUGAAGCUCUCACUCUGAGAUGGGAUUAUUAGAAUGUGGUGAGUUGAACCAGUGAAAUAAACCCCCAGUAUCUGUACUCCUGACUCGGUGGCUUGGGGUCUGGUGAGAAGAGGUGCCUGUCUUCCCCAGCUCUGCUGAAGGGUGGCUCAGCUUUUUACUGUUUGGGGUAAAUCAGAAGACGCUGCCUGGACUGUGUCCCUAUCUUAUGAAUGGGGUCUAAUUGAGGAAAGAAAAAGGAGUCGCAUCACAUUGUUCCCUGAGUGUCCCUGAAGAUGUGGGUCAAUCCUGAGGAAGUGCUGCUGGCAAACGCCCUUUGGAUCACCGAGAGGGCCAACCCUUACUUCAUAUUGCAGAGGAGGAAGGGGCAUGGGACCCGAGGUGGAGGGGGUCUAGCUGGUCUUCUUGUUGGAACAUUGGAUGUUGUACUAGAUUCCAGCGCAAGAGUUGCUCCAUAUCGUAUCCUUUAUCAGACUCCGGACACGCUUAUAUACUGGAUCAUUGCUUGUGGUGGCUCUCGAAGGGAGGUGACUGAGCACUGGGAAUGGCUGGAAGUAAACUUACUGCAGACUUUGUCUAUUUUCGAAAAUGAAAAUGACAUUACAACGUUUGUCAAGGGAAAAAUCCAGGGUAUCAUUGCAGAAUAUAAUAAAAUAAAUGGAGUCCGAGAAGAUGACGACACAGACAAAUUUAAGGAGGCAAUUGUCAAAUUCCACAAACUGUUUGGCAUGCCAGAAGAAGAAAAACUGGUCAAUUAUUACUCCUGCAGUUACUGGAAGGGCAGAGUUCCAAGGCAGGGAUGGGUGUAUCUCAGCAUCAACCAUCUUUGUUUUUAUUCUUUUCUCAUGGGAAAAGAAGCUAAGUUGGUGAUUCGAUGGGUGGACAUAACGCAACUGGAAAAGACAGCCACUCUUCUUCUCCCUGACAUGAUUAAAGUCAGCACAAGGUCAAGUGAGCAUUUCUUCUCUGUGUUCCUCAACAUCAACGAGACAUUCAAACUAAUGGAACAGCUUGCCAACAUAGCCAUGAGGCAGCUUCUCGAUAACGAGGGUUUUGAACAGGAUAAGUCUCUACCAAAGUUAAAGAAGAAAUCUCCGAAAAAGGUGUCUGCUUUGAAACGGGAUUUAGAUGCCAGAGCCAAAAGUGAAAGAUAUCGGACCCUCUUCCGUCUACCGAAAGAUGAGAAGUUAGAUGGGCAUACAGACUGUACUCUCUGGACACCGUUCAGUAAACGUCACAUUGCUGGACAAAUGUUUGUUUCCACAAAUUACAUCUGCUUCACUAGCAAAGAAGAGAAUCUGUGCAGCCUGAUCAUUCCACUGCGAGAGGUAACCAUUGUGGAAAAGGCAGACAGUUCCAGUGUACUGCCAAGCCCUCUCUCCAUCAGCACCAAAAACAGAAUGACCUUCCUGUUUGCCAACUUAAAGGACCGCGACUUUCUUGUCCAGAGGAUAUCUGAUUUCCUGCAACAAACAACUCUCAAGAUGUACUUUGAUAAAGAUAUGUCCGGAAGUAACAGUAGCCUUGAUGAUGAGGUUUGUUCCAGGUCUGGUGGUUUUCUGCCGUGCUUUCCACAGCAAAGUCUCAGCGGGGAAGUAGAUGCCACACGUCCGUUCAACCUUAAUGGAAAUAGUGCUCCCACAACUACACAGACGCUAAUGACAAUGUAUCGGAGGAGGUCCCCCGAGGAGUUUAACCCAAAACUGGCCAAGGAAUUUCUAAAGGAGCAAGCAUGGAAGAUGCACUUUGCAGAAUACGGUCAAGGGAUAUGCAUGUAUCGCACGGAAAAAACAAGAGACCUGGUGCUGAAAGGCAUCCCUGAGAGCAUGCGAGGAGAGCUGUGGCUGCUUUUUUCAGGAGCCAUCAAUGAAAUGGCGACACACCCUGGAUAUUAUACAGAACUGGUUGAGCAAUCCAUGGGGAAAUAUAACCUGGCCACGGAGGAGAUUGAGAGGGAUUUGCACCGUUCCCUCCCAGAACAUCCUGCAUUCCAAAAUGAAAUUGGAAUUUCGGCUUUGAGGAGGGUGCUUACUGCCUAUGCCUUCAGAAACCCAAAUAUUGGUUACUGUCAGGCCAUGAAUAUAGUCACAUCUGUACUGCUGCUUUAUGCCAAAGAGGAGGAAGCUUUUUGGUUGCUUGUUGCCCUGUGUGAACGCAUGCUUCCUGAUUACUACAAUACCAGAGUUGUUGGAGCGUUGGUGGAUCAAGGUGUUUUUGAAGAGUUGGCCCGAGAUUACGUGCCACAGCUUUAUGACUGCAUGCAAGACUUGGGGGUGAUCUCCACUAUUUCCCUUUCAUGGUUCCUUACACUGUUCCUCAGUGUUAUGCCCUUUGAAAGUGCAGUUGUGGUAGUUGAUUGCUUUUUCUAUGAGGGGAUCAAGGUGAUAUUCCAACUUGCCCUCGCUGUACUGGAGGCCAACGUAGACAAUCUUUUGAAUUGUAAAGAUGAUGGUGAAGCUAUGACGGUCUUGGGAAGAUAUUUAGAUAGUGUGACUAACAAAGACAGUACACUACCGCCAAUCCCUCACCUCCAUUCUCUCCUCACGGAUGAUAUGAAGCCUUAUCCAGAAGUUGAUAUCUUUAAAAUGAUUGCCACGUCCUACCAGAAGUUUGGAUCUAUAAGAGCAGACCUGAUAGAGCAGAUGCGGUUCAAACAAAGACUAAAGGUGAUCCAGACUCUGGAAGACGCUACGAAGCGGAAUGUGGUCCGAACUAUAGUUACAGACACCUCUUUCACCAUUGAUGAGUUAGAAGAACUAUAUGCUCUCUUUAAGGCUGAGCAUCUUACCAGCUGCUACUGGGGAGGAAACAGCGGUGCCGGUGACCGUCAUGACCCCAGCCUUCCUUACCUUGAGCAGUACCGCAUAGACUUCCAUCAGUUUAAGGGAAUGUUUGCCCUGCUCUUCCCCUGGGCAUCCGGAGCACGCAGCGAUAUCAUGGCACUGCGCUUGUUUAGGCUGAUUGAUGAAAAUGGAGAUGGCUUGAUCAACUUCCGGGAGUUUGUCUCUGGCCUCAGUGCAGCGUGCCACGGUGACCUCACAGAAAAACUCAAGCUGUUGUAUAGGAUGCACACAUUGCCAGACCUGUCCCUUGACCAAGAAGAACCAGACUCGGCUUUUGAAGCCACACAGUACUUUUUUGAAGAUCUCACGCCAGAAUGUAGCCAAGUUGAAGCACUCCAGUCAAGACCAAAACCAAGGGCAGAAGAUGGCUGUGUGUCUCUCAGUUUAAAAACAGAUAAAGGCAAAAAAUCAGCAAGCCAGGAUAAUCGGCUUUACCUUCGCAUAUGGGCACAAGAAAACAGGACCAGGCAAAAGUUAGCCCAAGAAUUACCCAGAUUAAAUCAGGGUCAGUUUAUUGAAUUAUGUAAGACCAUGUACAAUAUGUUCAGUGAGGACCAAAAUGAGCAAGAACUUUAUCAUGCCACUGCAGCGGUCACCAGCUUGUUACUUGAGAUUGGAGAGGUGGGCAAGUUCUUCUUAAACCAGACCAUGGAAGACACAGAAAACGGCAGUAGCAAAGAGGUCCCAGAUAAAACCUUUGUUGAGAAGUCGGUUGGUGGAUACUGCUAUGACCAUGGUGGAAUGUUUGCAGAGAAGCCUGUUUCCAGAGACUCUGUAGAAGGGAUACAUUCAGAUCAGAUGGAGGAGGUGAAACUUGAAGACUCUUCUCCAAAAGGCAAUGGAGCCUGUUCAUCCAUGCUUAUAUCAGAUGAUGACACUAAAGACGACAGUUCCAUGUCCUCAUACUCUGUUUUAAGUGCUGGAUCACACGAAGAUGAAAAAUUGCAGUGCGAGGAUAUAGGGGAUGACACCAUUUUAGUACGCAGCCAACACAAAGGCGUUUUAUCUUCUGAUAGCACCUUGGACAGGGAUUGGGCCGUUACGUUUGAGCAAUUCCUGGCUUCUCUCUUGACAGAGGGAGCCUUGGUGAGAUACUUUGACAAGCCAGUGUCCAUGAUGGCUAGAAUUACCAAUGCAAAGAAUGUCCGGAUGAUGGGUAAAGCCUUACCCUCGUUGAGUGACUAUGAUAUCUCAACUAUCUCUGGAUAAGGGGAAAAGCCAACAAAAAAGCACAAACUUCUACCCUUUUUUUUAACAAAAGAUGGUCAAAUUGCAAGAUAUCAGAAAACUUGAAUAUGAAAAGCAAUCCAUUUUGAUUUUUUUGGAGCGAAGGGAAAAAACUAUUUGCACAACUGGUAGAAAUAGAAUGGUGUACUAACAAUGCAACCUGCAUAUUAUUUAAGAUCUUGGUAUAGGGAUGGUUUUCAAACUAUUUUAGGUAAAAAAUAAAUAAAAAAAAUAACACAAUGUACAAAUUUUUAGAUAUGAUGAAUAUUAAACACAAAUUGAUGAAAAAAGGUUAACAUUAUUUGGCAUCUGCUAUAUAUUAUACACAAAAGCUAAUUAAAAUUAGUCCUUGCCCAUGUUACAAAGUAUCAUAAAAUCUAAUAUACCGGUAAUCAAAUAUGAUACGUUUUAUAUUAGCUUUGUUUUGCAGACUUUAAAAAAAAAAGAAUAGCUACUUUAUUGUAUAUGCAGCCUAAAUAUAUAUAUAUAUAAAAAAUAGUAUUUGCCAUUUAACCCAUCAAGUACGAAAGUGAAGAGCAUUGCUUUAGGGGUUAAGUCUUGAGCACCUGCACUUUGAUUCUUCCUGCUUGAUUUCCCAACUUGCCCAUUUUCAUUUUUCAAAGAAUGCUGAUGUUUUAUUUUUCGGGCCAUACAUGUUACUUUGUAUAGUACUUCUGUUUUGUACAUAUUGCUCUUUUUAAUCUGCUUUUAUUUGAACUAUUGUAUAUAAAGUGAGAAGUGUCAGUGUCAUCACAAACAUGUCACUGAAAUGUCAUUUAAAACUGCUGCUGCUGUUUACGAGAAAGGUACAUUAGGGUAUUGUAUUUACUAAAAUAAUCCCAGACCUAUCCCAUAAUAA